UGAUACAUAGUACUUAUCCUCAAAACUCACCACAAAAUCAUCUCAUCAAAAUCAAUGGCUUCAAUUCUCUCAACUCUUCUUCUCAUUCUUUCUCUCUCAAAUCUCCACUUCACUUUACCUACCGGAGACAACCACAUUACCGACAGAAAAUCCUUAGAGAUCAUCAUCGGUGGCGGUAACGACAGCAAUCCACCACCAUCACCAUCCCCGGAACCAGAACCGGAACCUGCAGAUUGCCCUACUCCCGCUCCUCCUCCUCCUCCUCCUCCAUGCCCUCCUCCGCCUCCUCCUCCUUCUCCAUGCCCUCCUCCACCCUCUCUUCCUCCACAGCUUCCACCACCUAAGACGCGACCUCCAUCGCCUAAAAAGCCGCCACGGCGUCCACCGCAUAAAAAGCCGCCACAACCGCCGCCAAUACCUCUACUCUUUGACAGCCCAUUCAUAGCGAAAGCCUAUCCAACUCUCCAGAGAUUCAAGAAUUCAGUCGAUGAUCCACUCAAGAAACUUGUCUCUUGGGUUGGCCCCGACGUUUGCAACAAAUACAACGGACUCUCCUGCGCCACAUUUCCGGGAUCAAACCAUCCCGCUGUCGCGAGUGUCCUGUUUAAUGGGUUUCAAUUGGGAGGCAAGUUAGAUAACUUCCUCGACAAGUUAGAAACGGUCUCCAUCUUCCACGCAAACUCCAACAAUUUCAAUGGCACUGUGCCUGACAUCAGCAAGUUAAAAUACUUGUUCGAGCUUGACCUAAGCAACAACAAAUUCACCGACGGUUUCCCAACCAAUGUCUUGCAAGGAGUCAAUCUCACGUUUCUCGAUCUCAGGUUCAACACUUUCAAAGGUUCUGUUCCUCCUCAGGUCUUUAAUCUCGACCUCGACGUCUUGUUCAUCAACAACAACAAGCUUGUUCAGAAUCUUCCAACCAAUCUUGGAUCCAUCACUGCUCUUUACCUCACAUUCGCAAACAACGGGUUCACGGGUCCAAUUCCUGCGAGUAUUGGUGACAUCAAGUACCUACAAGAAGUUCUUUUCUUGAAUAACCAGUUAACCGGAUGCUUACCGUACCAAAUAGGAAACCUAAAGCAAGCCACUGUUUUUGAUGUUGGUGGUAACCAGUUAACCGGUCCAAUACCGUACUCGUUCGGUUGCUUAGACUCGAUGGAACAACUCAAUCUAGCCAGAAACAAGUUUUAUGGAACCAUACCGGAGAUCGUAUGCGAGAUUGCUUGUCUCAAAAACUUGUCUCUAUCCUAUAAUUACUUCACUCAGGCCGGUCCAAAAUGUAGAAAACUCAUCGAGAGUAAGGUUCUGGACGUUCGUAUGAACUGUAUACUUGAUCUUCCAAACCAGAACACACCACAGCAAUGCGCUGAUUUCUUCAAGAGGAGACAGACUUGUGCUGAUCCCAAGUCUUUGUUUAUUGUCCCUUGUGGUAAGAAUCCAAACCUGGUUAAACUGGAUCAAGCACAACUCGAAGAGAAAAAAGCUCAAGUUUCUCAUCCGUUAUCUUACAAUGCACUUAACCCGGACCGGCUUCGGAAUCUAUAACCUUCUUUUGAUUAUGAUGUAUGAUCGAAACUAUAUAUCCAAAGUUGUGUAUAAUUUCUGGUGUCUACAUGCAAUAUAUAAGCGAAUAAAUGUAAUUGUUGAGUACCUUUGCAUCA